UUUUCGUCUCCUUCAGCAGUGUCUCCUACCUAUAAAAGUCGCUCUUCAGACGCUUUCAGGUCAGUCUGAAAUCACAAAGUUACUUUGCAACAUCAAACUCAGCUGUCGUAAAAAACGCUGCUGUUAAAUAACCAGAAUAACGAAAAGGGAAAUAACCAGUCACCAGCACAGACAAGGAAAUCCUUGACGAGCAGGGAGACGUCGAAACCACUCGAACAAUCGCUGAAUUCUACAUUGGCUUUGACUGUGUGUACAGCUAACCAGGGGAGCGCACGCAGGGACCCCAUUGUAUUCUGCAAAGGAGUGAAAUACAGACACCCAGUGACACAGCGUGAGAUGAACACUGCCAUGCCCUGGCUCACCGCCCUUCCUCUGCUGGUCCUGGCUGCCCAUCAUGGGGCUGCCUUAUUUCUGCCCGACUCCCCGGAGCUGCGGAAGCUGCUGAGCCGGUACCAGGAUGAGGUGGAUCAGAACUCCACAGGCAGCGCAGGAUCUGGCAGGGUCCGACGAGCCAUCCAGUGGUCCGAUCGGGAAGAGAUCCUUCAGCUGCACAACAAACUGAGGGGCGGGGUUUAUCCCCCUGCUUCCAACAUGGAGUACAUGGUAUGGGAUGAAGACCUUGAGCAAUCAGCCACAAGCUGGGCAGAAGAAUGCCUGUGGGAGCAUGGGCCCCAAGAUCUGCUGAUGUCUAUUGGUCAGAACCUGGCUGUGCACUGGGGCAGGUACCGCUCCCCAGCCUACCAUGUCCAGGCCUGGUACGAUGAGGUGAAGGACUACACGUAUCCAUACCCUCAUGAGUGUAACCCCUGGUGUCCGGAACACUGCUCUGGGCCGAUGUGUACUCAUUACACCCAGCUGGUCUGGGCCACCAGUAACAGAGUCGGGUGUGCAGUGCAUGUGUGUCCCAAAAUGGAUGUCUGGGGCGAAAUCUGGGAGAAUGCUGUCUACUUGGUCUGCAAUUAUUCACCAAAAGGGAACUGGAUUGGAGAGGCCCCCUACCAGCAUGGUCGUCCUUGUUCCCAGUGUCCACCGAGUUAUGGAGGGGGUUGUCGGGAAAACCUCUGCUACAAUGAAGAAACUCAGGAGCCUCAGCACCCUGAGACAGAGGACAUGAAUGAGGUGGAGAAGCCCCAGGUGCCCACCCAGCCCCGCACAACAACCACCAAACCUCCCCCCAAGCCUAAAGGAAAGCCCAAAUCCGAGAAACCCUCUGGGCCCAAACCUGAUGUGGACAAGCCUGCUGGCAGACCUUUCCUUGCUCAGAACAUUAAGUGUGAAACCAAAAUGCGUGACAAGUGUAAAGGAACAACUUGCAACAGAUACAACUGUCCUGCUAAUUGCCUGGACAAAAAGGGCAAAGUGUGGGGAACUCUCUUUUAUGAUGUGCAAUCAAGUAUCUGCCGUGCUGCAAUGCAUUAUGGGGUGAUUGACAACAGUGGUGGCCUGGUAGACAUCACAAGGAAGGACAAGAUCCCAUUUUUCGUCAAGGCAACCAAGAAUGGAAUUGAAUCAUUUAGUAAAUACAAACCUGGCAAUGCCUUUGUUGUUGCAAAAGUGGAAAAACAAUCAGUGGACUGCUAUGCCACUGUGGCUGAGAUUUGCCCCUUUAAGGAGCCAGGCAUCAAUUGCCCAAGAGUGCUCUGCCCCGACAACUGCAAGGAUGAGCCAUCCCACUGGGCUCCAGUCGUGGGGAGCAACAUCUACUCAGAUAGCUCCAGUAUCUGCCGAGCAGCCAUCCACGCAGGGGUGAUCAAAGCCAGCGGGGGCUAUGUGGAUGUCAUGCCCCUGGAUAAAAAGAAGAACUAUGUGGGAACUCUGAAGAAUGGAAUCCAGUCUGAGAGUAAGAACAAUCUGGAGGGAUGCUCAUUCCGUGUCUUCGCUGUGAAGGAGUGAGAUGGCCAGUGACCCAGGGAUGCAUGACGUCUGCUACUAAAAGACAGGAGGUGCCAACAGGUUGGCACCAUGGCAACCUAUCGGAUCUGAUUCCCCCACCCUCAGUUGCAAUUUUUAGUUUCAUUUCAUGAGUAGGAAAUGUGAAAUGGUAUCUAGUAUCAAUGACGUUUAAGCAGCAGUGCUGGUUAUAUUCGUCUUAAAAUUUAAUACAUUUGUUUAUUGUUUUUUAUUA